ACUAACUUGAGUGCUACGUUCUGUGGUUAGUGUCCUCCACUCUGCCAGUUUGGAGUGGCGACUGUAGCAGAAAACACGGCGAAGCAUGAGCUGGUUCACUCGCAAUCUUACAUGGACUUCCAGAAGGACCCAAACCCCAAAUCCUCAAUCUCAAUCAAACCCAAGGGGGAACGAGGACCAAUUGUAUGGGAUUACUCAGGAUUUGAUAAAUUACACAAAGUCCUUUGCGAUUGAUACAUUUAAAAAUUUUCCUCUCCAAGACGAAGAUGAAGCCACUAGUGCUGAAGAUAUUCGACUGAAUUCAGCCAGAAUUAGGAAGGAUCUCUCUCAGUGGCAGGAGAGACAUGCCACCCUCAUACUGUCAAGAGUCAAGGAACUCUCUCAAAUUAGAUAUAAACUCUGCCCUGGCCGUUUGAAGGAAAAACAAUUCUGGAGCAUAUACUUUAAGCUUGUGAGGAGCCACAUAAUCGAAUACGAGCUACGUGCAAUACAACAGGAGAAAUUAAGAAGGAUGGCAAUGGAGGAAGAGAAAUCUUUAGAUAAUGGCGCAGUCGAAGUUGAAAUGUCAGAAACAAAGCAUGAAGCACUGAUGGAGCCUCAACAGUCAUAGAAGGAAACCUUGACUUUUUGCUUUCUAGCAUGAACAUAGUAGAUUGGAUGUAAAGAAUUAAAGAAUGUUUGAGAUGGCAGAUGAAGUGAACUCACUCUGUUUUAUCUGUCAGUGACUGUGAUUUUAAAUUUAGUAUGGUUUUCUGUAUCCGUGCUUCUCUCAUUCUUGCUCCCCAAAAAAAAAAAAAACCAGAACAAUUAUAUUUUGGAAUUUUUUUCAA